GAUUGUAUUGGGAGAGAAGAGAUGAACAUGGCUUCUUCAUCUUCGUCUCCGUCACCGAUGUCGUCGCCGUCGUCGCUUGAUGAUAGAAAUUUAAGGAUCCUUAAGUGGGUGAAGCUGCUACUGAGCGUAGUGUUUGUGGGAUGGAUAAUGAUUUGGAUCAUGGCGCCCACAAACACAUAUAGAAACAUCUGGUCUCCCAAGCUUGCCUCGGACACCGACUCUACAUACUUCGGAAAACAAGGGACGAAUAUCUUGAUCUGCACAUUCCCCAUUCUCUUCAUUUUCGUUCUCGGGUGCAUUUAUUUGCACAUGGAGAAGGGAAGUGAGAACACAGAGAAGAGGAGUGGAUUGAAUACACGCCUCGUGGCUUGGAAGAGGCCGGUGUUAGUGAAAGGGCCGCUCGGAAUAGUCUCUGGCAUUGAAUUAGCUUUCAUUGUCAUGUUUCUGGCACUUCUGAUUUGGUGCUUCGCCACUUACUUAAAAGGCAGCUUCGCGCGCCUUCGCCCUACUGCUCAAGAGAAACUGUGGCAAGAAAAGUUGGACAGUGCGGCUCUUCGACUCGGUUUAAUUGGAAACUUGUGCUGUGCGUUCCUCUUCUUCCCUGUUAGCAGAGGCUCCUCAAUUUUGCCUCUCAUUGGGCUCACCUCAGAAUCAAGCAUCAAAUAUCACAUAUGGCUCGGGCACACCGUCAUGGUUCUCUUCACCGCUCACGGCAUCUGCUAUGUCAUAUAUUGGGCCGCUACCCACCAAAUAGAUGAAAUGCUGAAAUGGGAUAAAACUGGCGUGUCGAAUGUGGCCGGAGAGAUAGCUCUUCUAUCAGGUUUGGCCUUGUGGACGACUACAAUUCCGCGCAUCCGGCGCAAGAUGUUCGAGGUCUUCUUCUACACGCACCACCUCUACAUCCUUUUCCUCUUCUUCUACCUCAUGCACGUCGGCAUCAGCUUCUUCUGCAUGAUUCUUCCCGGCGUUUACCUCUUCAUGGUCGACCGCUACUUGAGGUUCUUGCAGUCGCGAACCAAAAUCCGCCUGCUCUCCGCUCGGCUUUUGCCGUCCGAAGCUGUCGAGCUUAACUUCUCCAAAACCCCAGGAUUUCGAUACAAGCCGUUGAGCACGGUGUUCAUCAACAUCCCAAGUGUUUCAUCACUCCAAUGGCACCCGUACACUGUGAGCUCCAGCAGCAGCUUAGAACCCGAGAGGCUCAGUGUUAUCAUCAAGAAAGAAGGAAGCUGGACGCAGAAGCUAUACAACAUUCUCUCUUCCUCUCUUCCCGACGGCCACCUAGAUGUCUCGGUAGAAGGGCCCUACAGUCCUACUAGCAUGGAAUUCUUAAGGUACGAGUCACUAGUGAUGGUGAGCGGAGGCAGUGGAAUCACGCCUUUUAUCUCAAUCAUUCGAGAGUUCAUAUCCCGCAGCAAUGCCCUCAACAUCCCCACUCCAAACAUUCUCCUUAUUUGCGCCUUCAAGACCUCCGCCGACCUGACGAUGCUCGACCUCCUCCUCCCCAUAUCCGGCAACUCCUCUGACCUCUCCCGCUUGCAGCUGCGCAUUGAGGCCUUUGUCACCAGAGAAAAAGCUCCAGUCGGCAACACCGAAAAUCUAAUUCGAACUGUUUGGUUCAAACCUCGUCCGUCUGACUCGCCCAUUGCUCCUGUGCUCGGCCAAAACAGUUGGCUUUGUUUGGCAGCUAUAGUGUCGUCCUCUUUCGUUGCGUAUCUUGUGCUUAUCGGCAUCCUUCAGCGGUAUUAUAUAUACCCGAUUGACCAUAACACGAACAGCGUAUAUUCCUAUGCCUCGAGGUCUGUUUUGAACUUGUUGUUCCUCUGCUUCUGCAUAGCUGCUGCAGCGAGUGCAGCAUUUGUGUGGAAUAAGAGAGGGAACUCAAAGGAAGCGCGGCAGAUUCAAAAUAUGGAUGCACCGACCCCGAUGGUUUCGCCUAGUUCAUGGUUUUAUAAUGCGGAUCGAGAGCUAGAAAGUGCCCCAAAGGACUCCCUGGUUAAAACAACCAAUGUGCAUUUUGGCCAAAGGCCCGAACUCAAGAGGAUGCUUUUGGAGAUUGAGGACCCAAAUGUUGGAGUGAUGUCUAGUGGCCCCAGUGGGAUGCGCCACGAAGUUGCGAGUAUAUGCUCAUCCGGUUUAGCGGAUAACCUCCACUUUGAAUCCAUUAGCUUUACCUGGUGAAUUGCGCGAAGUUGUGCAAAUUUGUUUACGUGUGUGUGCUCGCAUGUGUUUGAUCGAUGUUUGAGAUAACUGGUACUGUUUUCUGCGUGUAAUAAAGAAAUGUAAAACUGGAUUGUAUAUAAUAAAAAGUUUGCGAAUGGUAAAUCCUGAA